AUGUUGUCAGCCUUCGCGAAGAGAUCUAUUCAUAAAGUCGCGCUCUCUGGAGCGCGCAGAACGAUAUCCGUUCAGAGUAUCCUCCACGGAUCUCCAGAAGCGAAGAAAGCAGGAGAUAUAGAGAUUCAACAGCACUCAAGGAUCGUUGCUAGGGGAAAAUACGUUCACGGCUUCGAGGUUCAUCGCGUUCAGCCAGGGGCACUUGACGAGUACAAAGCUGCAGCUGAGAAAUACUAUGCCGGAAUAAAGGAUGAUCCACAGUUACAUGUCAAGCUGACUGGAAGUUGGGAAACCAUAGUGGGGCAACAGGACACUUUUGUUCACAUACUUGAAUACGAGAAUUACGCAGGCUUUGACAAGACCACUGCACUCAUAAGAACGUCAGAUCACGCCAAAGCGUACAAGGCCCUCCUACCUUACGUUACCUCACGGUCAUCUCAGCUCACGCAAGAAUUUGCUUUCUUCCCCACUGCACCACCCCACGCCCAAGGCGGAAUCUUCGAACUUCGGAACUACCAGUUAAAACCGGGAACACUACUUGAGUGGGAGAAUGCAUGGAGGAGGGGCAUCGAAGCUCGUCGCAAGUUUGUCGCACCCGUCGGAGCUUGGUUCUCGCAGGUUGGAAGAUUACACCAGGUGAACCACAUGUGGCAAUACCCGAGUCUCGAGGCAAGGAAAGAGUUGCGUGAGAAAGCAUGGCAGAUUGACGGUUGGGCAGAGACCGUGUCUAAGACUUCCCAGCUUGCGACGCACAUGGAUUCGUUCAUUCUGCUCCCGCUCUCUUACAGCCCUCUAAAGUGAGGGUGUAUAUAACCAUGUGGAUGAUACUCCAGGAUGUACUCUAUCUACUUCGAACAUACUCCUCAUUGAAUCCAAACGAAACCCGAGCCUCAGGAUCCUGAUCUCUUAUUCUUGCGUCGGCUAUGCUCUAUUUUUAUAUUCCAUCAUGCUACUAGUAAGGACUAGACUCGCUAUUCCAACUGUAUUACCUUCAAUACCUCUUCAUCCAUUUCGCGUAGUUGUUUAAAUUUAUGCAUGAUUCAUUACUCACUGUCGCUUUGAAAUGGAGAGCGCAAUGAUCGCGGGGCCUGUUUUUUUGUCGCA